AUGCCUUGUUCCAUGCAAGAGAAGCGUUCCCUCAGGCGGUUGAAUGCCUCCACAGGGAGACAGGUGUCCAGUUGGGUGAUCUGGUGCCAAAGACGAUUCAGGGCCUAUAGGCAACUUCGAGAAGGCAUCUGGAAUCUUGCCAGGAUCUGUCAGAUCUGGAAGGCUUCUCUGAAUGAGAUUGAGGGGAAUUUUGGCCCGGGCAUCCAGUCCUAUUUCAAUUUCCUGAAGUUCCUGCUUUUUAUCAAUUUCCUGGCUGUUCUGCUCAUCACAAGCUUUAUACUGCUGCCUGUUACCAUCUCCCAUGACACAGCCAGUUUUCUGAAGGGUCCAGGUGCAGAGCUGCCGUGCAUGAACUACAGCAGUGACACCAGUCAUAGAUCAGCCUGGCAACACCUUCAGGACAUCUUCACUGGGGAAGGCUAUUUGGAGCAUUCUGUCUUGUUUUAUGGUGCUUAUCGUGCAAAACAGGAUAACAACCACCGCUAUAAUGUACACUUAGCCUACCUGCUUAGCAUCUUGGGAUACUUCUUUGCUUGCUUCAUUUGGAUCCUCCAGCGGAUUGUGGCCAGCUUGGUGCAGUGGCUGAUGCAACGAUGUGAUUUCAAGACGUGCAUCAAUGCCAGGAUCUUUACGGAAUGGGAUUUCUGCAUCCGAAGCCCUGAGAUGGCUGCCCUCAAACAGCGGAGUAUUUACAAUUUCCUUAAGAUUGACAUGGCAGAGCAGACCUGGAGUGCGCAGAAGCGGCAGCGGACGUGGAAACAACUGACUUGGCUCUAUCUGCUGCGCUUGCUAAUUAAUAGUGUUGUCUUGCUUCUGAUGGCCACUGCUUUCUAUUGCAUUCACUUGGCCACAGAGGUUUCCCAGCAAGAAGCUGCUAGCCCCAGUGUAGUGAACCAGUACCUGCCAUCCGUGGUCAUCUCCUUAGUGAAUGUUCUCCUGCCCUUUCUCUUCCAUGCCCUGGCCAAGCUGGAGGGCUGCUCUCCCAGAACUGAAGUUAACCUCACCCUAGUCAGGUGCGUGAUCCUGAAGCUGACCAGCCUGGGAAUGUUCCUGCUGUUCCUGGGCUACAGGGUCCUGUGCACAGGGAGCAGAAAAGCUCCCCAGUGCCAGCCGUGUGGUUACAAUGAACUCUAUCAGUGCUGGGAAACUCAUAUUGGACAGGAGAUGUAUAAGAUGACUGUCUUCAGCUUCUUGACCACCUUGGCAUUUGCUUUCCUUAUCAGUCUGCCACGGAGGCUAUUAGCUAGGCAUUCAUCCUGCGCACUGGCUCGCUGGCUUGGCAAAGAAGAAUUCCUGGUGCCUCACAAUGUACUGGAUAUUGUAGCAGCUCAAACAGUCUUAUGGACUGGGAUCUUCUUUUGUCCUCUCCUGCCUUUGCUCGGAUGUGUCGCCAUUUUCCUUACAUUCUAUAUAAAAAAGUACACUUUGUUCCAGAACUGCCAGCCUUCAACUCAGCUGUUUCGAGCAACCCAUUCUAAAUUCCUCUUCCAGAUUAUGUUACUGCUAGGCCUGUUUCUGGCCUUCACAUCACUGGGCUAUGUCAUCAUCAGUGUCCACCCAUCCCAGCCCUGUGGGCUGUUUGCCAACUAUUCGACUCCUUGGCAGGCAGUGCCUAAAGCAAUGUCCCAUCUACCUACCUGGGCACUGCUUAUUUUGAAUUAUGCCACAUCCAAUGUCUUUUGUCUCUUACUCUUGAUGCUGCUCAGCAUCAUCCUCACCAUCUACGUUUCUCAGGCACAAGCAAAUAGACAAGAGAUUGAAAGGCUCAAGAGGCAACGAGCACAGUGUGUUCAGGAAAAAUGGUGCUUGGUAAAGAAACUGGCUUCGUACCUAGUGGAUCUUCCAUGAGUUUGGUGGGGAAAGU